UUUCUUGCUUUUAUUAUUUUGAUUUCAGUAGCAAAAAGCCUUUGUUUAUACAUGUCAAAAAGAUUGCACACAAUUCCAUGAAUAUCUACCAAAUUUGGAGGUUUCUUUUUUUCCAAGCAACUAGACAAAUAUACCCUUUAAAUUGAGCAGAAGUUAUGGUUGUACAGUACAAGUGUUUAAUGCAGUUAUUGGUUGUGAGGUGAUCAAAGUUUAAAGCCUUAUGUAUGGUGGUCACUUUCAUUCUGCUUGCUAAUGGAUUUUCAAGUGGUUCACAGGUUGAUCACAUUCUUGAUUUUCUUUAUUGGCUGUGAUUCUUUGGCUUUUAGAUCUGCAGCAGUCAAACUAUCUACAGAUCAUGGUGUUUCACAGGCACAAACUCCUACAAAUGAUCAAUCUUUAGCUCCUGAUCACUAUGAUAAUUACUCACCCUCAAAGCACCAUGCAACAAAAUGGAUCAAACGAUCGUUGCAUAGACAUCGUCAUGGAAGCCCAAAACUUGAUCAUGUUGCUCCUACGCCAUCGUAUCAAGUUCAACCACCAACUUACACGCCGCAAGGUUCAUCUGGUCCUGCACCAUCACCGGUUCAAAUAAUAAGUCAAUUUGGGCCUCAAAUAUCUCCAUCAAGCUCCUCUUUGACGAAGAACACUGCUACUCCACCUCCGGUUUUCAUGCUACCUUCACCACCUCCUAAUGAAGAUUGCACAACAGUAACAUGCACACAACCAUUAACAUCAACACCAGCAGGAUCACCAUGUGCAUGUGUAUGGCCAAUUCAGAUCAAACUUCGCCUCAUGAUCUCUCCCUACACAUUCUUCUCCUUAGUCUCCGAACUCGCCAAUGAAAUCGCUACCAGUGUCUCACUCAAUGCAAGUCAGGCUCGAAUCACUGGAGCCAAUGCCGCAGGCGACCAGCUUGACAACACCAUUGUUCUUAUCAAUCUAGUACCACUAAACCAAAACUUCGAUCCCGCCACCACCUUUUCAAUCUACCAAAAGUUCUGGAACAAACAACUUUCCAUCAACCGAACUCUUUUUGGCGCGUAUGAAGUCGUGGAUGUUAAAUAUCCAGGGCUUCCACCAUCUCCGUCUUUGAUUCCUUCAAAUACUGAUGUAACCAUCGAAUCGGAUCCUGUAAAUGGUGAUAAAGGAAUGCCGGAUAAACCUUUUGGAGUUGACAUACAUAGAAAUGGAAAAGAUGAUAAGAGUAAGCCGAAUGGAAGCAUAAUUGUGGUGGUUGUUUUAUCUUCUGUAACUGCUUUUGUUGUUCUCAUUGGAGCUAUUUGGCUUCUGUUGUUAAAAUUCGGAUCCUGUUGUUCUUCUGAAUCCGGACCAGAAAUAAACCGGCAUAAACCAACGCCGUCCCAAGGGAAAUUGUCAGGGACUGGAGAUUCGUUGAUUGUUGGAAGCAGGAAAAGCUCAGAAACGAUGUCGUUUAGCUCAAGUUUGGCAGCGUACGCUGGGACCGCAAAGAUCUAUAGCUUGAGCGAGAUUCAAAGAGCUACAUGCAACUUUGAUUCCAGUAGAAUACUUGGAGAAGGUGGUUUUGGUGUGGUUUACAGCGGUGUUCUUGAAGAUGACAAAAAGGUUGCUGUGAAAGUGCUCAAGAGAGACGACCGGCAGGGUAGUCGUGAAUUCUUGGCUGAAAUCGAGAUGUUGAGUCGUCUUCACCAUAGAAACUUGGUGAAACUGUUUGGCAUUUGCACAGACGACCAUUUUCGAUGUCUGGUUUACGAGCUUGUUCCAAAUGGAAGUGUUGAAUCUCAUUUGCAUGGUGCUGACAAGAUCACCCCUUUGAACUGGUGUGAAAGAAUGAAAAUUGCUUUAGGUGCAGCUCGUGGUUUAGCGUAUUUACAUGAAGAUUCAAGUCCACGAGUCAUUCAUCGCGACUUCAAGUCAAGCAACAUUUUACUUGAAAAUGAUUUCACACCUAAAGUUUCGGAUUUUGGUUUGGCUAGAACGGCAUUAGAUGGUCAUAUGCAUAUAUCAACACAUGUCAUGGGAACUUUUGGCUACCUAGCACCAGAAUAUGCAAUGACGGGCCAUCUUCUAGUGAAAAGUGAUGUAUACAGCUACGGUGUGGUUCUUCUCGAGCUUCUAACAGGGAGAAAACCUGUGGACCUAUUGCAGCCACCGGGUCAAGAAAAUCUAGUCACGUGGGCCCGGCCACUACUCACAAACAAAGAGGCCCUAGAGUCGAUCAUUGAUCCAAACAUCAUAAACUCAAACACCCCAUUUGACAGCAUACUAAAAGUCGCAGCCAUAGCAUCAAUGUGUGUGCAACCAGAAGUGUCACACCGCCCAUUCAUGGGCGAAGUGGUUCAAGCGCUAAAACUUGUGUGCAACGAGUUCGAGGAAAUAAGAGAAAUGAAAUCUAGAAGUUGUAGCCGUGAGGAAUAUCUCGACUUUGACACGUUUGAUCAAUCCGAGAUUCAUCAUGAAACGAGCGGCUAUGAUUCGAAGAUUGGAUUAUCGGCUAGGAUAGAGAACAUUGGGGGCUUGGAGUCUGAAUCAUUCAGAAGGCAGUUCAAUUCCGCUCCUCUGAAAAUGGGGAGAAAGAAGCAGUUCUGGCGACGGUUAAGAGGUUUGUCUAGAGGAAGCAUGAGCGAACACGAACAUGAUCAUGAUCAUGGGUUUUCUUCUACUUUAUGAAGAUACUAUGUUCAUCUCUGUUUAAUUCAGUGAUACUGAAAUGUCAAUCUAACAGUUAAUUUUUCAACACAAACCUUAAAGAACAAGCAACUAUAAAUAGAUCAUGAACACAGAACAAAUUAUACC